CGCCAUGGACAGCAGUAGUAUCCAAAUCCAAGAGAUGGUGAGAAACACGAGGGAGAGACUGGAGGCCGACUUCUCCAAGCUUGACACCAAGAUCCACAGGUUCCCGCGAGCCUUACGCCCGGGGAUUAACGAACGCUAUGUCACCCCGAGCUUCGUGUCCCUCGGCCCUUACCACCAUGGCUCACCGCACCUGCGGGAGACGGAGGAGUUGAAGCAUGUGGCGGCUCACUACUUCUGUGAGAUGUCUGGCCACUCGGUUGCGCAUGUCUAUGACAAGAUCCUCCACAUCGCAGGCGAAGCCCGCAGUUGCUAUGCUGAUGGCGCGGUGGCGAAUUUCACCAAUGCUGAAUUUGCGGUAAUGAUGUUUCUCGAUGGUUGCUAUUUGCUGCUCUAUAUGGAGGGGCAGGGGACUGAAGAAUGUGCUUUUUGUCCAAUCGGAUGAUCUUGUCCACGGGGCCUUGCAUGCUAAGGGAUAUCUUUCUGUUGGAGAAUCAGCUCCCUUGGUUAGUCAUCGAGGCUCUUUCGGACUUUUUGACAACACCUCCGGUGUACAAGUUUGUUCAUAAGAUAGCGAAAUAUUUGUAUAUCAUCCCCCCUUCAUCUUUAUAUUCAAACACAAGGGCUCGUGUGGAUGAACUCAGGAAGUACAGGCCACCACAUCUCCUUGGGCUCCUCCGAUACUCUCAGAUUGGCAAUAUGACUAGCGAAGAUCACAAUCAUAUACAUCCCUUAUCAUUGGCUAGUACUAGUGCCAUUGAGCUCGCGGAAAUCGGAAUCAAGCUGACCGCCAGCAAGAAAAAAGGGUUGGCAAACAUGAGCAUCCAGAGAGACUACUGCCUCUUCGGUGGCCAGCUCUCCCUGACGCCAUUGUUCAUAAAUGACUUCACUGCUUGCUGGCUAGUCAACAUGGCAGCCUACGAGGCGUGUGUGUCCACCAGAUACCCAUCAGACGGCUUCGUCGUCAGCUCCUACAUCUCCCUCUUGGCAAUGCUCAUGGACAGGGAAGAGGACGUGCACCAGCUGCGAGCUAAGCACCUCGUUCGCAGCUUACUUGGUAACCAUGAGUUGCUCGUUUUCUUCAAGGGCCUCGCAUGCCACCUGCGCCUCGGGCGGCGCUACUUUACCAUCACAGGAAAGAUUGACAGGUUCAAGCGUCGAAGACCUGUGAGUAUCGCUGUGCAUAGGUUCGUAUACAAAAACUUCAAGAUAAUCGUUGCUGUGCUCUCUAUUACUGGUGUGCUUGCAGGAAUCUUCAGAACCUUGAUGAGUCUCAAGCAGCAUCAGCCUUAGCAG